UUACCGUCUGCACAGAUAGAAAGAAGAGGAGCUCACAACUCAUUUAAUUGGUAAAGGCUGCAGAGAAGUAGGCUAGAAAAGCACAAAGAAGUUACAAAUAAGUUGACAAAUGAACUCCAGAUAAAAUAACCAUUAUUAUGAUUCGGAGGAAAUACUGCAAUAACUUGCCAAGUUUGAUAUACGUAAUGAUACAAAAGUUUGGGAACCCAUUACAAAGCCUUAGCUAAACUGAAUAUUAUGGUCAUCUCUAUAAUGCUUAUUCUUGCAGUUAUUAUUUAUGGGAACUGUUUCACAAAUACUUUGAAGAUCAAUUGCCAUAAACACUUGAAUAAGUUUCAAAUAAACUUUAAAUUCUCCUUGAAACAUUAAAAAGUGAAAAUUAAGUGGCAUUUAAGCACAUGGCGUAUGUAUUUAGAGCCGACAAUGAAUACAAAAUGGUAACAUUUUUAAAUGGCAGGCUUGAUCUGUUUUCCACACAGCCUAUCUGGGAGGCAUUGUUUACUUGCCUUUGCCUCCCCAUGUCUCCCUGGUGUACAAUCUGUCACAUUCAAUCAUACAGGACGCUCCCAGAGGGAGUCCCCAAAAAAAGAGCAAGUAAUGGGCACCACAGGCCAGAUGGUCUGUGCUAUGUUAGUUGUGUGUUUGUGCAUCUUGAAGAGCAUGUCUUUCUACGGAUGAAUGUCUUCCACCUGUGGAGUGUAUUUUCCAGUAAAAUCGCCCAUGUUGUGGCCAGACACACACACACUCUCUCUCUCUCUCUCUCUCUCUCUCUCUCUCUCUCUCUCUCUCUCUCUCUCUCUCUCUCUCUCUCUCUCUCUCUCUCUCAAACCCAGGUUGCAAAAUGCUGAAUCAAAUGUACACACACACACACACACACAAACACGCGCGCGCACGCACACACACCGUUGAUGGGUCUGUUCUAGUUUCUUUUUGCCAUGGUCUCAAAAAGGUUUCACAUCAAAGGGACCUGAAAAAAUCUCCUCCUCCUUUCUUCUUUUCUUUUUGUGGUAAAACAAUCUAUUCUCAGAGGAAUCACAAAUAGUAUAAAAGACAGCAUUCGAUGAGGAUCACCCAGAAAUAUAUAUAAAUCGAUGUAUUCAUUUUGAGUGCAUGUGAAGCCAUGACUGGCAAGAUAUCAAGCAUCUUGAAAAAAUAAACUCUUUGCAGACAAAGCAUUUUCAAUAAAGGGCAUGCAACCAUAAUGCAAUUUAUUGCUUUAAAAAGAAUAAUAAUAGUUUGGUUCAAGCUCUCGCUUCCUACUGUAUACGAUAGAUCCAUUAGUCGUGUUGUGUCUGUGUGUGUACGUGUGUGUGUCUGUGUGUUUGUAUGUGUGUGUGUGUGUGUUUGUGUGUGUGUUUGUGUGUGUGUAUGUGUGUGUGUUGGUGUGCGAGUGUGAACUAUAUCCACGCGUCUCGGCGUGCGCGUCACUCAACGUGUUUCUUUGUGUAUGUGUGUGUGCGUGUGUGCGUGCAUGUGCAUGCACACACAAACACAAACCCUUCGUCACGAGUGUCUGCACGCGUGCGCGUUUGCCCCGGCAGAGGUGUGCGACGCGCUCAACGUGACGGUGGUCCCCGGGCCCGUCGCCAUGGUGACGGAGAGAGACAACCUCACGCUGUCCUGCCGGGUCUCCCAGCGGAAGAGGGCCAGCGGCGUCCUGGUGCUGCGAUGGUUCUUCUCCCCCGCCGGCGCCGUCCCCCCCCCCUCCUCCUCGUCGCCAUCACCUCCUCCCCCUCCUCCCCCCUCCCCCCAGCCCUCCCCCUCCUCCCCCUCCUCCUCCUCCGAGGUGCUGAUCGUGCGGAUGGGCAUCAAGAAGAUGAAGCAGUACGGGAACUACUCCCGCCGCUUCCCGCAGCCCAAGUUCCUCCUGCAGGAGGAGCCGGCGGGGGGGGAGGUGUUCCGGCUGCUCGUCCUCAACGUGACGGCGGGCGACCAGGGCGUCUACAGCUGCAGGGUGCAGGAGAUACGGAGGCACAGGAACAUCUGGAGGGCCUCGUCCAACGGCACCGGCAGCACCACCCUGGCAGUGCGCCCCCCCCAGGAGGAGGGCAGUGGAGACGGGAUGCUGCGCCUGGUCUCAGACUUGUAUCUGUGUGCCGUGCUGAUAUGCUGCCUGGGGCUCCUCUCCAUCUUCCUGUUCACGCUGGUCCUGGGAUGCCAGCACCUCCUUAGGAGGAGGCAUAGACUCAAAGCCAGCUACCUACUGGUCAAGUGCCCAGAGAGCAGCUCCGGGGAGACGGUGACUGACUCCACCUGCUCCUCCAGCUCCUCUCCCCGAGCCCAGAGGAAGGAGUCGCUACGCCCUCCCCGCAGCCGGGCGCGGCCCAAAGCAGCCGCGGGACAGAUGCCCCCCAAGGCGGAGGACCCCCCGCCGCCCCCGCCACACAGGCUGCCCAAAGUUCCUGAGGCUCAACAGAAACCUCGCAAGCCCAGAAGACUAAAGAACCAAACCAGGAGGUCCACCCCUCAGAGAGACUACUACCAGGAGGACAGUCUGACGUACGCAGAGUUGGAGCUGGUCAGACCGCGCCCUGAGCCCCCAGUCGCCCCCCCGACAGGCCCGGCCGAGACCCCCACCCCCACCCCCGCCCCCUGCAGCACCACCUCCACCAUCAUCACCACCAUGGACACCAACGCAGACACUGUGUACGCUCAGAUCCUCUUCCAGGAGAAGCAGCUGUAACCACCUGCUCCUGUGUGGUCCUCCUCGUCAUGAAGGGGGAGAUAGGGGUCUGGUGUCUGUGGUUCUCCUGGUGAGGCCACUGCUCCUAUAGAUCCACACCGCGGAACCUGCUGACACUCAAAAGACUAUUUAUGAAAUAAUACAGCAUUUGGCUUUCCUCCCUUCAUUCUUUCUCGCUUUACAUCCUUCCUGUCUUCCUCACUUCCCUCCCUCCCUCUCCUCUCUCCCUCCUACCUCCCUCCCUCCCUCCCUCCUCCCUCUCCUCUCUCCCUCCUCCCUCCCUCCCUCCCUCCCUCCUCCCCUCUCCCUCCCUCCCUCCCUCCCUCCCUCCCUCCCUCCCUCCCUCCCUCCCUCCCUUUAUAUAUGUCUUUCAUUUCUGUCCACUUUUCCCUCCUUCUGAAAGCGCAGUAACCUUUAGGGCUGAAGCUCUGCCUGGCCAGAGCUUCGUCGCUCUGCGGCCGCCCCUUCAGUCGCUGCAGUUUGAGUUGGUUUUAUAAGUCCAUUGUUUUGGGGGGGUACCAGUAGUCGUCCCUCCAGCCUGCGUGCCAGAUGCUUGGAUGCUGGGGAAUGCUUGAUUAGUUCCAGUAGAACGUGGCUGCUGGGAGCCAGGCCAGACGCCGGACUCAUCGCCCCUGUCGCAGCCCCCAAAGCCUUUUUUAUUUUUAUUUUGAAACCUCUUGAAUUGUGUACAUAACUUUAACACUAAAGCGAAUAAAGAAAUAUUAUUGGUUGUAUACAUAUAUGAUAUAUAUAUAAAUAUAUAUAUCAUAUAUAUAUCUACAUGAGCAAAA